AAUACUUUAUUUCGGAUAUGGCCUCAUUAAGUAAUAUCACAUACAAAGUUCUUGACUUGGGCGAUUUGUCCGCAGUUCGAGCUUUGAUUGAAGAAAAUUACACACCACAUACUGCCCUGGGAAAGCAUUUGAAUUGCACUAAGGAAACAUCAAUGCUAACAUAUUAUACUCUAAUAGAGCCUUUCCUAAGCCGGGGAAAUUCAAUUGGAGCUUUUCAUGGUAAAGAUGAUGAAUUACGCGGAGUAGCUAUUAAUGUAAAGCCUGAUGAAAAGGAUUGGAUAAAAUACGAAAAUACCUUACAUUUAAGCGAAAAGGAAGCAACUGUAAAUCGGCUCUUGACGUCGAUGCUCGGUAAUGACUUGUCAACCGUCCUCGGAACUGGCAGUUACUGGGAAAUAAAAAUGCUAACUGUGCUUCCGAAAUACCGAGGAAAAGGUUUGAUGACUGAACUUGUUAAAAGGUCUGCUAUUUUGGCCAGACAGAGAGGAAUCGAAAAGCUUGUGAUGUACGAAACAUACGACCAAAGAUUGAAGUCUGCAGAGAAAAUGGAUGGUUUUGAAAUUAUCAAACAACUUGAUUUGAAGGAAUACGUUGAUUCAGUAACAGGAGAAAAAGAAUUUUCCGGAAUGAAGUCCCCGUAUGACGUACAAGCCAUUAUUGCCAAAAAACUUUGAUAGGGUAUAAAAAGAACAAUCACGGAUGACAAGCAUGCUGUAGAGAUGCAAUGUCAGUUUCUUAAAAAUAAGUAUAUACAUGCAAGAAUUCUUAUUCUCUUGGGGUCCUCGUCAUACUUUACUGUCCUAAUAAAUAAAAUAAAUAACCUCUCUCAAA